AUGUCGUCCUUCACUUCGAUCCCGAUCCUGGACCUGGAGCUGGCGCGGGACCCGGCGACCAAGCCCGAGUUCCUGGAGCAGCUGCGCUAUGCGCUCAUGGAGGUCGGGUUCCUGUACCUCAAGAACGUGGGCAUCCCGGCCGAGCUGUUCCAAGAGGUCAUCAUAAAGGGCAAGACCUUUUUCGACAUUCCGUUGGAAGAAAAACUCAAGAUUGAGAUGAAGAACGCGCCGUCCUUCCUGGGCUACUCCCGCCUGUCGGCUGAGAUCACGGCCGGCGAGGUGGACCACCGCGAGCAGAUCGACCUGUCGACGGAACACCCCGUGCCGGCGCCGGGCUCGCCGCUCUACCGCAACCUGCUCGCGCCGAACCAGUGGCCGUCCGAGGCCAGCUCGCCGGGCUUCCGCGCCGUCUACGCCGACUACAUGCGCCGCAUGGGCGCCGUCUCCAUCUACUUCACGUCGCUCAUCGCCGAGGCCAUCCAGCUGCCCGCCGACGCCUUCGACAAGUACUUUGACGCGGACCAGCAGCACAAGCUCAAGAUUGUCAAGUACCCGGACAUGGCGGAGCUGGGGCGCGCGGCUGGCGGCGGCGGUGGCGAUGAUGUGGCAGGAGAAGGAGGAGAGAAGGAGGCGGCGAAGCAGGGCCAGGGCGUCGGCCCGCACAAAGACAGCAUGCUGACGUCGUAUCUCCUCCAAGCGACGGCCCACCGCGGGCUGCAGGUGCAAAACGUCGAGGGCCGGUGGAUCGACUGCCCGCCGAUCGACGGCACGCUCGUGGUGGCCAUCGGGCAGGGCAUGGAGGCGCUCACGCAGGGCGUCUGCGUGUCGACGACGCACCGCGUGCUGAGCCCCGCGGCGGGCUCGGGCGCGCGCUUCUCCAUCCCCUUCUUCCAGGGCGUGCGGUACGACGCCGACUUCGACGAGCUGGAGACGGUGGGUGUGGGCGCUGUGCCCGACGAGGUGCGCGAGCAGCGACGGCGCGUCGUCGAGCGCACGGGCGGCCGCGUCGACGACGUCGAGUUCACGUUCCGUAAGGGCGCCGUCGCAAAGACGCUCGGCGAGGCGACGCUGCGCAACAGGGUCAAGAGCCAUCCCGACGUCGGCGAGCGCUGGUACCCGGACAUACUGCGCGCCAUCCGCGAGGAGCAGGCUCGCGCGCUGUCCAAGCAGGCCUCCGGGGAGCACCAGGUGCCGUCCACGUCAACGGGCUUGCCGCAGCCGGUGGUGGAAGCUCAUUGA